CAACUUAUGAAUCGCCACAUGCUGGUUCUGUGUGUAGCCCACUGGUGCUGACAAAAGAGCCAAGAAAAUGCCUACAGCUAUCGCGAGAAGCGCUUUCCUCUGGUGUAUCACUGCAAUAUAUUUAUUUGCUUUCCUUUCUUUGUACUUCCAAAUACCAGGUCUUUAUGGCAAGGAUGGUCUUCUUCCUGCAAGACUUCAUCUCCAACAAGAUUGCACAGACAAUCAUGAAAAAUGUCAUUAUUGGGCUUCAGUUGGUGAAUGUCAAAAUAACCCACAGUGGAUGUUGAAAAAUUGUGAGAUCAGCUGUAAUGGUUGCCAAGGGAAAAGAUCUCUUUAUGACAGCUUCUUGCAGAAGCCAACAUUACUGUGGUAUGCUCCAGCUCUUGGUUUAUCAGUUGACACCAUGAUGGAUCUGCUGUGUUUGACUGGCACAAUUCUGGCAUUUUUUAUGCUCAUUUGGGAAAAGCUCAGAAAUUUUCUAUCAUUUGCAAUAUUAUGGAUGUUCUAUUACUCCUUGUAUCAGGCUGGUCAGACCUUUUUAUGGUUUCAAUGGGAUAUUCUGCUCCUGGAAACAGGUUUUCUAACUAUAUUUGUUGCCUCUUGGUCAUGGAGAUCGUCGCAUGAAUGCAAGCCUCGAGAUGGUCUGUGCUUUUGGCUUAUCAAAUGGCUGAUAUUUCGGUUGAUGUUCCAGUCUGGUGUCGUCAAAUUAACCAGUGAAUGUCCAACUUGGUGGGGACUGACUGCAUUAAAUUAUCAUUAUGAAUCCCAGUGCAUCCCAACCCAACUGGCUUGGUAUGCUCAUCAACUUCCAGAGUGGUUCCAGAAAUUUAGCGUUGCUAUGACAUUUAUCAUCGAAAUUGGAAUUCCAUUUCUCUUUUUCUUGCCAUGGAGAUCAGCAAGAAUUUUCUCGUUCUUUGCUCAGGUGCUUCUUCAAAUCCUCAUCAUUCUCACAGGAAACUACAACUUUUUCAACCUGUUAACAAUAACUUUGUGCCUUUCCCUUCUGGAUGACCAGUUUUUCCUCGACAAUCUGCCAUCAUUUGUCAUUAGAGGGCUCGAUUCUAAUCUGGCCAAAGAAAGCCAGAAAAAAAAACAAGCAAGCAUGUUUGUGAAAAUACUUUCAAUGCUGGUUAAUGCGUUUCUUGGGCUCUCAGUUUUGCAUUAUAGUGCAAAAAUGUUUAACAUGAAACUCGAUUCAGAGAUGAACAUUCUCUCAAGCACUGCAUUCACAAAGGCCCAGUUUUCAAAUUUUUUGACCAUCGCUGUUCCAGCAUCCAUAGGCAUUGCCAUUGUUUCCUUCAUUUUUGAGGUCAUUGUUGCCUUUUAUAAGAGUUUCAAGGUGAAAGAUACAAAAUCCAAAGCCUUAUCCAGUUUGCAAACACUGCUAUUUGCUGCUGCAGCGACGUGGCUGCUCUCCAUUAGUCUUGUACCCUACACAGACAUAGAGCAUAAAAGCCAGUCAAAGAUUUGGCCUGUCAUCCAUCGCUGGUAUCGCAAUGUAGAUCAAUAUCAAGUGGCCAAUGCCUACGGCUUGUUUCGAAGCAUGACCGGUGUUGGGGGCCGACCUGAAUUAGUGAUUGAAGGAAGUGAUAGCCUGGAUGGUCCUUGGAAGGAGUACCAUUUUCUCUACAAACCUGGAAAGUUGGAUGGGGCGCCUUCUUUUCUAAUUCCUCAUCAACCAAGACUUGAUUGGCAGAUGUGGUUCGCUGCACUUGGAAGCUACCAAUACAAUCCUUGGUUUAUAAGCUUGAUUGACAAGCUUUUAGAGAACAAGAAAGACGUAAAGGCGCUUUUAGGACAAGAUCCCUUUCCAGACGAUGCGCCUCGCUUCAUCAAAAGUACCCUCUAUUUAUACCAUUUCACAAAAUUACCAAAGAAUACAACCAGUGUCUCUGAUGGCAUUCAAAAGUCAAGAAAAAUAAAGAAUUGGUGGAGACGAACGAAACCUACCGAAUACACACCACCUUUGGGGAAAGACAAUAAAGAUGUGAAGAGCUUCCUACUUCACCACGGCCUACUGAAGGAUGGUGUUUGGCCAGAGACUCCAAGUGGUUUUCUCUACGAUGUUCUCAUUCAACUAAGGUCAACAAUUCAUGGAUUCGAUCCUACCCUCGCUAUGUUACAUGUUUUAAUAUUGGGUAUUAUUCUCUCCAAAUUUAAGCCCAAUACCGCCAGUUAACAGAAAAUGUUCAAGUUAAAUACCCAAGGGCGCACGUUUUAUCUAAGCAGAUUUCGAAAAAUAAAGUUUUUACUUCCACAAUGAGAAUUUUAUAAACAAAAUUGUGUUUUGUAUGAUCUCUCUUGUCAGUAUGCUUAUAGUAUUAAAACUCUAUACUAUUUCUACUACUGCUUAUACUAUUUCCUCGUUGCUAUUUUUCCUACUCGAUAUGCUUUUCAUCUGUUUGGAAUGUAUUGGCAUAGUUUCUGGAAGCUAAUGGCGACAAUAAUUCAAAGAAUCUUGCUCAAUUCUCUGGAUACCACAACCUAAAAAAGGAUUGCAGUCGAAUAUUGGAAAGCCACUGAGAUUCUGGUACCACACAUACUUGCUCAAUGCAUAGUUUCUUAUUCUUCAAGCAUUUGACUGCUGAUCGAUCGUCGUUUUGUUUGUUUACUAUUCAUGUACACUAUCUAUACUUCCAUUCAUGCUUUAGCACCACGUUAGCUUUGGAGAGCUGGGAUUGGAUAGAUUUUAUCACAUGGCAAAAAACUCUUGGUCAUCGCAGGCAGUUUUCCCGAGACGUAGUGUCAGCCGUGCUUGCUUUUGAAUUUAGAUGUGAACCGAAUUUUAAAAUUUUAUCGUGUCUUCGAGAAAAAGAAACAUCGUCUUCUUGCCAGACGUCGAAGUUGAAUGGGCGACCCAGCGAAUAGGCGAGCCAGUAUGGAAAAUCAAGUGAGGACCCGGCUUAAUACUGAUAACACACGUAAGAAAAAGCCUGGCAAAAAUUGCGAAAAUGAUAUUGUCGAUAUAAUUAGGUCUACCCGUUUUUUUGAGUGUCCCGCUCAUCAAACUUCAAUUACAUAGCAUUGUAAUAUUUUUUUCCCCCAAAGAACGAUCGCAGCAAACCAUUCAUAUUGGCUCUCAUUUGGGAAAAGCGACACUGUAAGUUUGGAAAUACAAGUGAAAGUGAGCAUCCAUUUCGUAAGAUCUUGCCACAGGACAUACCUACACUAUAAGGGGCACUAGUGGGAUCCCUACUAAGGUGACAAGCUCGUUGCAAUCAAGGCACUAAGGGUCGGUCUUCAAUUAUUCCUGAUGCAAAUGGCACCUCGUAAUUUCUUCCAGAAGUUGCUUGAGAGGUUGAAGUGCGUCCUCAAAACCCUGCCUUGUUAUUCAUUGUUUUCGGAGAGUGGUUUGAUAGGCACUUUUCGGGACUUGGUUGAUGCUAGAAGUAAAUUUUCUAUGAUUGAUAUAGGAGCAUUUUGGUGGACAUUAUCGCGAUGGUGGUCUACUUGAUAACUCAGCCUUUGAAUAAUAGCAAAAGAGUUUCUAGAAACAGUGAUUUUCUAACUUUGAAAGUGAAAGUAUCUUUCUGAGGUUAAGAAAGUUUUAGUUGGGCAGACUAACUGAAGAGGAAAUGUUGGUUAAAUUCAAACUAUUGCAUCCUGAGUCUCGAAUCUUUAGUUGUUUAUAAGUUGCAAAUCAAGAAUAAAAGUGACUAAGAUUCAAUCUACGUCCUAACUGUUAUCUUCGCUCUGAAGUAUAAUCACUCCAUCGCCCGAGCUGGCUCUGAUUGCCUCCAUCUCUGCUUCGAACAAGAUAUCAUUGAUUCGUUUUUUGGCGAGAACCUGGGAUAUUUUUGGCAACGUCCUCAAUGUAUCUGCAACAGUUUUACCGAAGUUUGAAAAUUCGUCCUCACCAAACAUGGCUGCCAUCGCUGUAUGCGACUCUCUUUCUGUUUGGUUUUGUGACCGUUUUCUUGGAAUAUUCUACGACAAAUUAAUAGAGUAUAACUUUCGUGGUCGUCAGAAUUCACAGUAAAAACAAAAAAUGAACAGACGUUCCGAAAGAAAGUUGAACAAUAAGAGAAGCUGUCGGUAAGUAAAAUAAAAGCUUAUCUUAGAGUAGUCACAGAAUAGAAACAGUCGAGUAAAUUCUACAAGCAACUACCUGCUGCAUUGGUGUUUCCAUUUAUUCUACCGUCUACUUUUCAUCAUUGCAUUUAUUUUAAAUAUAAUAACAUUCAACCUUGUAAUGUAAAUUUUUUCUAGAAACCAGUAAAUUAGUAAAACUAAAGUAAAAUAUAGAAAAUAACAACAUUCAUGAAACCUGUGUAUAUGUCAUUACUGAGCUAGAUCCACUUGUGGUAGGCGAAGCAGAAAUUCCAAUUGGCGCCGGAGAGUGCCUUAUUGCCAUUUCAUCAUCGUGGCUUUCAAGCGACACUGUAUCCAUAUUCGAAGGCCUUAAAGAGCAAUAAAGUAUUUUUCAGUUUUGCAAAUUUUCAUAUUGUUUCAAAGGUUCUAAUGUCAUUGGUCGCAUGUCCCAUCCUUCCAAGUGUACUUUAAAGCACUGCAUUGCGGUAACCGCGCAAUUAAGCCCCUCUCUUGUUAGCCUCCCCCCCCCUCGAUGUGAAACUGUUAAACAAGCCCCCUCUCUAUAAAAGCCUUUCGGCGAUUUAUCUGACUUAUCCUCUUACCUUGAUGAUCCUGGUAAAGAUGAGGACAUUUUCAUUGACCUACACUGCAUUUAAACCCAGUAUAUAAUCACCUUAUUCUAGUUAAAAGAUGCUAGUAUUAGUUAUUUAAUGUUUAGCAGAAAAACACAGAGAAGCAUCUUGAUACACUUUCUUUACCCUGGGUUCCAGAGCGUCAGUGUCGAGGAAAUAGGGCGUCGAGGAAAUAGAGAGCGUCAGUGUCGAAGAAAUAGGGGGUUGCGGGAGAAACCCAGGGUACCAUUUCUUACACUUUUUAUUAACCCCCCCCCCCCCCACACUUCUUUCAAUGCUUCUCUCUGGACAGCGAAAAAUAAAGAAUUCUCCCAAGGAGGGAGGAGGUAAUAAAUAGCUCUAACGGCUAGAGUGCUGUAAGCAGAGACCGCGCACCACUCUAAAAGUGGAGGGGCUCGAUGGGUGUGACCGAAAUUUUUUUGAGGCCACGCCCUCUUGAACGCCGGAAAAUGCCCCUUUUAGAAAAUACUUGCUUAUUUCUAUUGAAUUUUUAUGAACAGUCUGGUUCAGAGAAGAUAUCAAUAACUAUAAAAAUAGAUAGAAUUAGCUCAAGGUUAAUAAAAACCCAAGCUGACAAAGUUAGAAAAUACAUCAUAUCAAUAAACAAGAUGAAACACCUAGAAAAAGAACAAAAAUGGUGCCUAGUCAAUGAGAACUGCUACUACAUAGGAGUAAACUAUCCAAAGUUGCGUUAGAGUAAACCUUCAAAAAAUUUUCUACUCUAUUAUUGCCAAAAAGUGGGUGGGCUAUAGCCCCUUCUAGCCCAAUGGCUGCGCGGUGCCUGGCUAUAAGGGCAGAAGUUGCAAUAGAGAUUUGCAUAUAUCCUAAAUAAAGAGAAAAAAAGAGUUUCUACCCACAUGGUGAUUUCUAUUGGCCUGUGCUUGACAAAUGGUGCUAGCCAGGUCAGCAUCGCAACAUAUUUGUUUGCUUUUGAUAGCCUUCCGUCUUCCCAAUUACCCAUGGAAAUUUUUCUUGACUUCACGUAGCAUUCACGAAGAUACUUCCACUUCUUUCUUACUAUUUCAACUGUGACGUUCAAAUUUCGCGAUAUUUUCUCCCAUGAAUUCUGAAUUUUGACUGCAUCUCUAUAUUCUUUCGAAGACGAAUCGUACAAAUGGGGGUGUUUUUGGACCUCUUCAAUAAGUUUUGCUUCAAAAAGGUCCAUAGUAUUGCUUAUGAACUUCCAAAAUGAAAGCUCGUAUUUCAGUGUGACUGACUCGCUGUCGAGUAAGAAAUGAAAGGAAGCUCCAACUAACUCCUGAUUGAUUUCCAAUUUGUUAUGACACAGAGCUGGGUUGGAAUUUCCUUUCUUGGUAAUUUCGCAACUACAACUGGCGCGGAAUUUCAUUGUGAUGAAUGUGUAAGUGCUUUAAGGAAACAGCUGCACGCCUAAUCGUUUUGCUUAAGCAAAAGUUUACGCAGCUCAAAGCAUGGUACAAACUGUUUUCAUACGAUUAUUGACUGGCGCCAAGCUGUCUGUUCUCUAAUCUUCUACGGUUUAAUUUUUCUCACGCAUAUUUAAGCAAAUUUAUAAAGGCGUAGGACAAUUUCUUAAUACAUUUUUAAUAAAAGAUUUCAGAAGCUGAACAAAUCCCAACUUUUCGCUUCACCUUCUACGCCUCAGCAUAGCUAGAAACGUGCCAAUACAAAUGAAAUGGAACGUGAAAACGAGUCUUUCUCCAUGUUGAUUGUCCGUAUCCUUUGAACUUCAGCGUCAUAUAGUCCUUUUUGGACUAUGAGGACUGGUACCCUGGUACCCUGGGUACCAGAUCAGAACCUGAGAGAGCUGGUCGAAUCCACUUGUUGUCCAAACAGCUAUCCCACUGAGGCUCUGGUACCCAGGAUAAGUAACCUGCACCUCUGAAUCCUUCUAAUUAAUCUUACCAAAGUGAUAUCGGUGGAGCACUGCCAAAUGUGAUUAUUGAUUUCCUUGCUUAUAGAUUCUAUUUCUUAAGUUGUCAGAAGCGGUACUUGAAAGUUUUAUACUGUACUAUUGGACAGAAAAUUCCAGAACGUCCUCUGGGAUGUGGAAGCUCUUUUUAAAUGACAUUGGUAUGGUGCUAAUAAAUAAUAUGCUCAGAGAAAAUAAGUGAAAACAAUUGACCUCAGAUGGACCUCUAACACCUUAUUUGAGUGCUCCUCAUGUUUAUUCCCUAGCCCUGGUCAGCCUGUCAGCCAAUCAACCACAGGCGUCAUGGAAGGGCCGGAGGGAUGUUUCAUUGCAAGGGGGUGGCCGACUUACUUGAAAUUCCGAUGGGGAGGUCUGUUUCGUGGCUUAUCAAGUCUUUGAAAAAAUUAAUGUCUAUUUAAGCAAGAUCUAGCAAUGCUUGCUGAGAUUUAAAGGAAACAGAAUUGUAAAUAUGAUUUCUUCAAAAUGAAAGGAGUUAUCGAAGGAAGUUAAAAUAAUAAUACUUGGGUCAUUUGUUCCCUAUCUCCUUACCCCCUGUUAACGACCCCCCCCCCCCCCCCUCAUCAAUAGUGCAAUCAGCCGGUUUAAUGGCUCUUAUGAAGAUCACGAAGAAGAAGGAGCAGAUGCGUAAACAUACUAUUUUGACAGAUGUUUGAAAAACGUCAAGGCCAAAAAGUAUGUAAAUUUACUCUUAAAAAAUCAUUACAAAUAACGUGCAAACUGAAUUUUCCAGAGAAUUGUAUGAGCGAGCUUUAAACGAGUGGAUUUUAUCGUACGUGUAAGAAUCACGGGUUUGAAAUAGAGUCUAGAUGGACUGUUCUACAGUAGAAUGUGAAAUUCAUGAAUGUAAUAUUUUUUACAAUUUUCCCCUAUGCAUUGUACCGCGGUACCUCGAGUAACAAAACGAGUUAGUUGCGGUGAGGGGGGAGGGGUGUUAAUAGCAUAUUUUCUUAAACAAGAAUGGUUCCAGGAGCAGGAGGGGCAAUUUUUCCAUCAGCUACUAUGUUAAAGAAAGUCUGUAUAACCAACUUUAUUUGAUUUUUCAAGUGUAGAGAAGGGGACUUGUUUGAUUGCAGAUUUACUCGUAGGGUCGUCGCAUUUUACAAAAAAUCAUACAAUAUUAACGCUUUGGUGUCGAUAAAGGAAACCCUAACUCUUAGUGUCACUUUUAAUGUGAUCAUCAGUCAACUGCUCAAUAUAAUAUUUAUAAACGUUUAAAAGUAUCGAUAAUCGAUAACUAAUACUUUUUCAAAUCCAAGUGUUU